AGAGCAGGCCCGGUUGAAGGCCGACGUGGUGGAGGAGGACACCGAGGAGUGGCAGAAAGAUCCCGGUUUUGCAGGCCUGGAGCGAGUGGGAGGCGUGGACUUGUCCUACAUCAAAGGCGAUGACACCAAGGCCUGCGCUUCCCUGGUCGUCCUCAGCUACCCCGCUCUGGAGGUGCUCUACGAGGACUGCCGGAUGGUGGCUGUGAGCACCCCAUACGUGGCAGGAUUCCUGGCCUUCCGAGAGGUCCCUUUCCUGGUGGAAGCUGUGCAGAGACUUCAGGAUCCCAAGCUCAAACCUCAGGUGCUUCUUGUAGACGGGAAUGGCCUGCUCCAUCCCAGAGGAUUUGGUGUGGCCUGUCACCUGGGAGUCCUGACGGAUCUACCGUGCAUCGGGGUGGCCAAGAACCUCCUGCACGUGGAUGGCUUGGUCAGGGAUAAGCUGCACAGAGAGCAGGUUCACUCCCUGCAGAAGGAGGGAGAUGGUUUCCCCCUGACGGGCACAUCGGGGACAGUCCUGGGCAUGGUCCUGCGGAGCUACAACAACAGCUCUAAGCCGCUUUACGUCUCUGUGGGCCACAGGGUGUGCCUGGAGACAGCCGUGCGUCUGGUCAAGUCCUGCUGCAGGUACCGGAUCCCGGAGCCCGUCCGCCAGGCUGAUAUCCGAUCGAGGGAGUAUAUUCGGAAGCAGCUUGGGCAGGUACUGGUGGGCCCUGCCCGCAGAGCUGCUGGGGGCAGCAAGGGGUCUCGGGUCUCCAAGCCCACUCUGCUCUGA